AUGAGCCAGAUGGACAUCGACACACCUGCCUUCAAGGGCAAGGGCAAAGGAAAGGAGAAGGUACUGGCUGUCACGGAUGAACUGGAUAACUUGCCAUGGGUGGAAAAGUACAGACCUCAAACAUUGGACGACCUUGUAUCUCACGAAGACAUUACCUCUACAAUUGAGACAUUUAUUGAUAGAAAGAGACUCCCUCAUUUGCUGUUUUAUGGACCACCUGGUACAGGUAAAACCACCACCAUUCUUGCUUGUGCCAGGAAGCUGUAUGGCGAGCGAUUCAAGGCCAUGAUUCUGGAAUUGAACGCCUCAGACGACCGUGGUAUUGACGUUGUGCGAGAGCAAAUCAAGAACUUUGCUAGUACACGAAACAUCUACAGUUCCGGGUUCAAAUUAAUCAUUUUGGAUGAAGCCGAUGCCAUGACGAAUCAAGCGCAAUCUGCUUUACGUCGUGUCAUUGAAAAAUAUACCAAAAACGUUCGAUUCUGCAUCAUCUGUAAUUAUGUCAGUAAGAUCAUUCCAGCUAUUCAAUCUCGUUGCACACGAUUUCGGUUUGCACCUUUAUCCAUGGAACAAGUCGAUUCUAGACUGCAAACAAUCAUCGAUGCCGAGCAUGUCACUUUAACAGAGGACGGUAAAAAGGCAUUGCUGCGACUCAGUAAGGGCGAUAUGCGUCGAGCAUUGAACAUUUUGCAAGCCUGUCAUGCUGCAUACGACCGUAUUGACGAGGCUGCCAUCUACAACUGUACAGGUCACCCCCAACCUCAAGAUAUAGAGCGAAUCACCAAAUGGAUGAUGGCAGAGGAGUUCACAACCGCAUAUUCAAAUAUCGAAAAGCUAAAGAGAGAAUCAGGCUUAGCUUUACAAGAUAUUGUGGGCGAGGUGUACAACUAUGCCAGAUUGAUUGAGUUUCCAGCAACAUCUCGUAUAUUCAUCUUGAAGAAUCUAGCUGAUAUAGAAUACAGAUUAGGGGAAGGCGCAAAUGAACAGAUUCAAUUGAGUGCUCUCGUUGGCGUAUUCAAAUUAGCACAAGAAAACAUCGCUUAA